AUGAACCAGAUCGAUGCCUCAGACCAUUACGAGGUGGCAAACACGGGAGAGACGGCUUCUUUGUGCACUGUCAUUCUCGAUGUCAAUCCUCGAGCCUGGAGUGCCCUGUCCGACGUCCUCCCCAUCUCCAAGGCUCUCUCCAAUGUUCUCAUCUACCUCAACGCCAACCUUGCCUUCAGCAACACCAACCAAGUCGCCGUCAUCGCCUCCCAUACGAACCGCGCAGUAUGGCUCUACCCAACGAAGUCUGAACCCUCGAACACGCCCUCGACAGACGGCGAUGUCGCCAUGAGCGAUGCGCCACCGAAGAAGGCGAAGGUCCCCUCUGCGAAUAAGUUCACACAGUUUGCCCAAGUCGAAGAUGCCGUCCUGCGCAGCCUGAAGAAGCUCCUUGACGAGACCACCGAAGCCGACCUAGACUGCACGACGACACAGCUUUCCGGCGCCCUGACCCUCGCCCUCGCGCACAUCAACAAGGUCAACCUCUCCUACACAGCCUCCCUCUCCUCCGACACGGCCAAACCCAUGACAACCGCCGCGCCAGGCCUCUCCUCCCACAUCCUCGUCGUCUCCGUCUCCGACUCGGAUCCCUCACAAUACAUAUCCACCAUGAACGCCGUCUUCGCAGCAGCCCACGCCUCCAUCCCCAUCGACGUCCUUUCCCUCUCGCCGGCCACGGCGAAACAGACGGCGGCCGCCCAAACGACGGACCCAAACGACCCCCACAAGUCCGCCUCCUCCUCGUCCUUCCUCCAGCAGGCGUCUCACAUCACAAACGGCACCUUUCUCGAGCCGCCCUCCCCGCUGGGUCUGCUCGCCUACCUGACCUUUGGCCUCGCAGUCGCCGAUACCCGCGCCCGCGCCGCUCUCGUGCCACCGACCCACCACACCGUCGAUUUCCGCGCCGCCUGCUUCUGCCACGGCCGCGUCAUCGACACGGGCUUCGUCUGCUCCGUCUGUCUCAGCAUCUUCUGCUCCGUUCCCGAGGGCGCCGACUGUCUGACGUGCGGCACCCACCUCGCCCUCGGCCACUACGGCGCCAAGCCCGCCGUCGUACCGCGGAAGAAGAAAAAGCGGAAGAAGCAGCUACUGCCGAACGGGAGCAUCAGAGAGGUCUCGGGGACGCCCGUGGCCGGCGGCACACCCAUGCGUUGA